AUGGCGGCGGCUGUUGCUGUUCUAACGCAAGAAAAAAAAUUGAAUGGCGAGGUAGGUUUACUCUACGUUUUCUUAAUACUUUGAAGUAUCAAUCCAAAGAAUACUACUUGUUCCUGAGUUUUUUUUUCGGAUUUACAGCUUUCGUUUAGCAAGAGUUCUAUAAAAUGUUCAAUGAAAUUGUUUGCGACACUUGUGUGCACAUUGUGCAUUGACUUAAGCUUAAUUUAAUAUGCGAGGUUACAGAUGUCUUGUUCAGCUUCCGCUUUAUUUCUGUCCAGCUUUUUCUUUAGACUCGAAAUAAAACUUGUAUAUGGAACUCCAGAUGAUCAAAGCACAUUUCAGUUGUAGUUCCACAUACAACGUUAACGUCUGAGAGAAAAUGGAAAUUCAAGAAAUGGACGUGGUUAUGACGGCGACUUCGGCUGCACGGCGAUGUUUAUCGUCGAAACAAUGUAGCUGACUUUUGUUUCACACUAACUAAACUUAACAGUAGAAAAGUGAUACAUUUAAGAAGUAGUUUAAUAGUAAGUAAAAGGUGAACACUAGCAGUUCAGUGAGCUCAAAGAGCAUUGUUUAUUUGGUUGCAGUUCACGUUUUAUGGUCAUUUCGUUCCAUGGUCAGAUCGUUCCAAUCAGUAGUCAGAUCGUUCCAUAAAAUAGUCAGUUCGUUCCACAUGUUUUAUCUACUUUCUAAACGUGUAAUGUUAUCCGAGUACAGAGUAGCAAUCGGAACAUGGACGAAAGUAUUUUCAGAAAUAUUUACAUAUUGGUGAGAACGUUGUAUGUUGGUUUCACCAUGCAUUGCGGAACGAUGUGAGAACUAUUCACACAAUGGUGGAACGAUCUGACUAUUGAUUGGAACGAUCUGACGAUGUUCACUGUUCAAAAUUUUUCCCUUGCAUGGGAUAAAAGAAAAUUAAAAUUAUUGGUAACCCUGAAUGUCCCGGUAAAAUUAGAAAGCCUUGUAAAUUAGAGAAGUGGGGAGUUAGUUGCUUGUUUUAUUUUGUUUGUUUUGUUUUUUGUUUUGUUUUUUUGUGAAUGCAAACUUUUCUAUCUGCACUAAGUUAGCUUUCGUAGGUAAGCUGACUGCAAGAUUCUUUUCUCAGCUCAUAAAAUUCAUCAUCCGUGUUUUCUUAGACCAUAGCUAGGAAUUAAGAGUAACGACUUGAUGGCUUGAUUGUCUCUCCUCUAACUGAUUGAUAGUUGUGUGCUGAUCAUCAAUUAUAAUUGAUCAUUGAUCGAAAAUUGUUAAGCGACGCGACAAUCGGUUAUGGAUGAUGACAAUCGAUUAUUGCGGACAAGUGAAAAAAAUUAUUGAUCACAAAUAAAAACAUGAAAAAAUUUUGUGUUGUAUGUACAUUUUAAUCGACUUGUAACAGCAGCUUCCCCUGAAUACCUCUUUCUCCUACGUUUCAUAUAUUUUUAAUGUUUUCCAAAACUCGGCGAAACACGCUCGCACCAGACUAGGUUUUGUAUUUUGUAUUUUGUUCACAUAUUUCAUAUGGAAUAAACUUACCUCAAUGGUUCUUGUAGAAAUUAUUCUAAAUUAGUAGCUGGCUGUAAAAUACAUUUAUAGAUCCACUUACUGCGAUCAGAAAGGUUACAAGAGUAGAUGAAAGCAAAACAGAUAAAAACAAAGAUUGAGUGAAUCUCAAGUUGGUUCCUGGGGUCCUCUCCUCGUCGUCUUGUUUCUAUGUUGUCUACAACAAACAUUGCGGCCGAGUUUUUUAUCAAUACACAGUAGAUUUUCCGAUUAUAAUCAGUGAUCGAUCGGUUGGGUCAGUCUGAUUAUUUCCGAUGAUUGAUGAUAAAAUCUCAGCUGAUUUCCAUCACUACUGAUUGAUGUGGUAUUAUAUAUUAUUGCUAUAAAUUGCUGCAUUGUAUUAUAUAUUAUUGCUAUAAAUUGCUGCUUUGUUAAGGCAAAGAUAGUGCAUACCACAGAAACUAUGCAGGUUGUAUAUUAUAGGGUGUUAAAAGUAGCAGGUUUAUUAAAGAUAUUCAGUAAAUCACUGCAAACAGAACAUCUAUCAAGCGGCCAACCUUAUUAAAGCAACUUGGUGUUCCCUAGAGUUCGCCGCUUUGUAUUAGUAAUUCAACCUUAGCGAUAUUUACACUUCUUAUCUUUACCUUGACACUUUCUACACAAUCAUUGCUUUAAUAGGUUGAUGAACAGUCUGAUGACAAAGUCAAUGUUGAAAGUGAUAGUAAUCAGAGAAGACGACGAAAGCGUGGCUUUGAUGUUGGUCCUGGAGAAGGUCAGUUGGUUGAAGUUGUGUUGUUAAUAUUGGCACUUCCAUGAUGGCAUGGAUUAACAGUGUAUUCUAAUCUUGUAUAAUAAAUUAUUAUUUAUUUUUCCCUUUUUUGUUUGCAGUAUCCAUGCUCUCAACCUGUAUGAAACUCUUUAAACACCAACAUACAAUGACUUGUAGAACUAACAUGAACUUUUUGGUACACUGCAAUGAAUGAUUCUGUUAUCAAAAGCAGUUGUAGAUGCAUCUUCCUGCAUUCAAGUUGCGUUACUUUUCGGUUAGUUUUAACCAAGAGAAAAAGAGGUGUAGCAUCCAUUGUAGUGUUUGUGAUCCAUCUUCAGUUUUGAAACAGAACAAUACAUGUACCUUUUUCACUAAAAAUAAGCUGCAGUGUGGUGUAGCUUAUUUAUAAUGGCGGUAGUUCUUUCUACAGUGUUGAAAGCCAUGGGUACUUACUAUGAAAACUGUGCUACCGUAAUUGAGGUGUUUUUUCCAGGUUACUUACUUAUGUGUUGAUAACCAUUCUGUUUCCUUUCUUUCUUUUUCUCUUUCUCUGUUUUUUUGUCUUUUGCAUCCAAAUCAAGUUAGUACACCUCAGCUCAGUGCAGCUUUGGCUUGAUGCCAGGAUAACAUGACUCGAUCUUUGGUGGUAAAACAUCUGCAUGAUGACUUAAAGUAAUAUGUACCUUAGUAACAAUCUUAAAAUAAUUAAAAUUUCUUCCAAUUUUUUUCAAUGAAUCUUCCAUUAAAACUGCAUUUUGCAACGUACAUGUACUGAUUUGCCUGGUAAAUUUUAGCCUUGUCUUUUUUGCAAUCAUUCAAAAGUUGAAUGUGCUUGCAUCCUAAAAAGCUGCUAGUGAAUAAAAUGCAGUAUUUUCUUGUGUUUUGUUUUUUCUGUUUUGCUGAUUUGAAUUCUAUGGUGCAAGGGUGUAUUCACGUUUUUGUAAAUAAUGAUUCUGAUUAAAAGAAAUAAUAAACAAAGAAAGAAACAAGCAUACAAACAACUAGAAAAUGUCCUGACUUAACACAUUGUCUCAGGAUUGUCCUUUCCACAUGCUACAUCUUGAUCAAAAACAAAUGUUUCACCCUGAAUUGAGCCACAGGUGAUCUACAUAACUUUGUAUGAGAAGAUCUAUUUCGAGCCUUUGCAAGUUGCCUGAAUAUAAAUUGGAAUUUGCUACCAGGCGCCUGAUGUUUUGCUACAAGUCCACAUGCGGACACUGUUUUGAUCAAAAUUGACUUGCGUAGAAGUCACUUUACAUCUUGGAUAUCAUACCGCUGAACACAAACAAUUUACAUUUGUAAUCAUCUGCUGCCUGCUUGUUUUCUUUAUACGGUUCAAACUCAGCAUUGGAACAGUUAUCUGCAUAUCCACACUGUGAAAAAGUUUAGGAUUUUUUCAAUUUCCAAUUUUUUUGAAAAUCUUUUGUGAUUUUCUUGCACCUGGCCUGUCGGUAAGAUUUAAAAUAAUUGUUGAGAGUAACCUGCUCAAAAUGGCAACAAAAUCUACUCCAGGAAAAGAUUCUGAUUUCUGAUCAUUAAUAUUUUACAUUUUUUAUUCUGGAUUGUGAAGUGUCCAUGUUGAACUGUAAUGUAGCAUCUUUUCUGUGUAAUUAAUACUUUGUUCUACUUCACAGAUUCUUCAGCAGCCAGUGAAGUGAAUGGAGAUGUAGAAGACCAGCCUGUGGAUGAUGGUUCUAAAGGUGAGCUUGUCAUUGGACCAGGAGCAGGUGGAAUGCAACCACGCCCUUCAGAAGUGAAAAGGGCAUUGCCCCCUCUUACCUAUCAACAAGAAGAGAUGCUGAAGAAAGCCAAGCGGUUUGCUAUGGAGCAGUCUGUUCAACAGGUAUCCAGAAAUACUACAUGCUGUUUUUCUCACUAAUCAUCAAAUUAAGCUUGGUUAAACACUGCUUGAUCACAGAUGUCUUUGUCUGCCAUUGCAUCAUGGGUGACAGUCUUUCUCUUAAACACCAAUGUCUUCAACUAGUUAAUCAGUCUUCCUCUGCCACACUCACCAUUUACAACUUGUGUUCCAUAAAAUGUAAAGAUCAUGACUCAUAAAUAAAUGCUGACUCUUUAAGUGCAUUUUGUUCUGAUGUGUUUUGUUGUGUUUUAAGGUGCUGGCAAAACAACAAGCACUUCAGCAGCAACAGAUGUCUGCCUUGCAAACAGCUGCUCAGAGGCAGAGAGCAUUAGCUCUUAUGUGCAGGUAAAAUACACUUUUUAUAAGUUAUUUUGUUUUUUAACCAUUUACAUAAUUAUUAAAAUCCUCAAAUAGCUAACCUUGUUAAGAAUAAACAGCUGAGUUAUCUUCUUACUUCUAGGGGAGCAAAGUUAAAGAAAUUGUAGCAUGCACAUUGUAGAAUGAUGUAAUCUUCAUCAAAUCAAAUGCCAUUUCCUAUCUAUUAUAAAUUUAAGCUGCAUCCCUGCAGUACACCUGUGUGCUUCCAAAUAUUGUUUUUAUAAGCAAUACCAUCUGCUUUUGUACUUGUGCAAGUUUGUUGUCAUUCUUUCUGGGAACUUAACAUUUGUUGCUAAAUCAUUGUAUUCCCCCAAUCACUACAUUUCCCAGUAACUGGAGUGCUAUCUUGCAUGGUCAAUACAUGUUACUUGUUUUGCUUGUUUGCAGGGUCUAUGUUGGAAGCAUUAACUUUGAGCUACGUGAAGAACACGUUCGACAAGCCUUCAUUCCUUUUGGUCCAAUAAAGAAAAUUGACCUGUCAUGGGACCCAUUGACAAUGAAGCACAAGGUGGGAAAUGUCAUGAUUAUUAACCUAUUAGGAGGGUUGUCAGAUUUAGUUUCAAAGCAGGUGGCUUGUUUUAGUCAUCUUUUACCAAAGAAUCAGAGGGGGCCUUAUAUUUGGAGGGACUUAUACAAGGAGGGGGUAAUUUUCGGAGUUUUAAGAGAGGUCUUAAAAUGAGGGAAUGACGUUUCAGAACUUAGCUCCUAAAUGUCCCAGCGAGGAUGGGUCCAUGUCCCUCUCUCCACUAUCCCCUGCCUCCCCCAGGAAAGUGUGCAGCCUGUGGCACAUAUUUUUUGCCUUACUGGCCAUGAAUGGUCCCUUACCUGCUGAGCUAAAAUUUAGGGAGAAUACUGUACCAGCUGCCCCUAAUUCUGGGUCACUUAUCUUGAAAGCGAUGGACAUCAUUCCUUUUGUAGCCAUCUUUACUAACUGCUUUCUUGUGUCGUAUAAUAUUACAGGGAUUUGCAUUUGUAGAAUAUGAUUUACCUGAAGCAGCACAACUUGCCCUUGAACAAAUGAAUGGUGUACUCCUUGGUGGAAGAAACAUCAAGGUGUGUUAUCACUAGUUUUAAUGUCUGCUGGCUGGAAAUACAUUGUAUAACUUAUAGUACAACUGUAUGUAAGUUCAGUGCACCUCAUCCACAGUCAACGGCCCUGCCCUACCCUUGUACUAUGUAGUCUUUGAUAGCCAUUGCUUGCAAAAACUCUAACAUUUGGUAGUUUGUGCUUAUCCGUACCUAAAUCUUUUAAUGCAGCUCAUCAGUAUGUUAUUUUGUUGUGCCACCCACUGCACUUUACAGCUAAUUUUUUGAGUUCUAUUCUUUUAUGAGUGAGUGCACUUUUUGUGUUAUUUCAUUUUGCCCUUAAAAGUGUGUAGGUCAAUAUUACGUCUUUUGGGAAAAUAUUUAACCACAAGAUAUUUGAAAUCCUUACUGUGUUGAUAUUUUUUGGUGGACACGUUGUUUUCUUUGUCAUAAAAGGUUGGUCGCCCAAGCAAUGUACCACAAGCGGCACCACUAAUUGAACAGUUUGAGCAGGAAGCUAAGAAGUAUGCCAGAAUUUACAUUGCUUCAGUUCACCCAGACUUGGGUGAAGAGGACAUCAAAAGGUGAUUAAGCUGAUAGUAAUUUUCUUGUUAGGGCUAGUAGCACUAGCCACAUUCUUGCUUCCUGCUUUACAAUAUUAAUGUUAUAUCAUUCUAACUUGUGUGUCAGCUUUUGCAUGUAGGUUAUAUGCCCUGCAGUCAAUUAAUUCUUCUAAAAUCAAGCGAGUGAAACAUGUGAAAUCAUGGAUUAUUGCUCUGUAGGAGAAUAUAUCUUUUAAACCAAGGAAAAGAAAAUAAUAAUACUAUUUCUCAAUUCCCCUAUCCUUUUGCCUUCUCAGCUAAAUCUUUUACUCACCCAUAGUCUGCUUGAACAGUAAUAACAAUUUUAGGCAGGUCUCAUGCAUCCUUGUUCUAUCUACACCUUAGUGUAUUUGAAGCAUUUGGUCGAGUACAAAGCUGUACACUGGCUCCAGACACAAUGCCCGGAAAACACAAGGGUUAUGGCUUCUUGGAAUAUGAAAACCAGCAGUCUGCAACAGAUGCUAUUGCAUCAAUGAACCUUUUUGACCUUGGAGGGCAGUACCUGAGAGUUGGAAGAGCUAUAACACCGCCAGCGUCAGCGCAGACCAGUAAUGGAACAUUGCCACCAGCAGCUGCUUUGGCUGCAGCUGCAGUGUCUGCAAAGAUACAAGCACAAGAACAGGGCCUGGCAAGCACUUGUAAGGGUUACUGUUUUUUCUCAUAAUUCUAGUGCAGUUGAACUAAUUACUAAGAAUACUGCUUUAUACUAAUAGAAAGUUCACUUGCUCUUAAAGUUACUAAGAGUCAUUCAAUCCUAUAUGGUGUUAGACAUACAUUGUAUGCGUGAUUAAGACUCUAAUCGACUCUAAGGUAGGCUUUGUAGUCUUUCCUGGCAUGGUAGAGUGAUUGCAACAAUCAUCAAGAUUCAUGUGGUCUGUUGAAAGUUUUGUUUUGGUAGCAUUUGAAAUAUUUAAUAUUAUAUAUUGUUCAAAAGUGUUGAAAAUGGAAAGAAGGUUUUGAAGCCAUUUUACACCGAGAUUCUUGGUUUGAUUUUACUGGUUUUAAUUAUUCCAUUUGAAGACUGUAAUUUGUUUGGUGAUUAUACAAGGUGAAAGGGUAUAUAGUUGUGCUUGUUCCCAUUCCUGCUUGCAAAUGCAUCCAGGGCAUUUUCAAGUGACUAUGUUCCAAAAUUAAGCAAUCAUAAUAUUAAGAAAAUUGGUUCAAUGCAUAUAUAAAAUACAUGUGUUUAACAUGUUAACUGUAUUAUGUCUGUGUUUGUAUUCCAGUUCCAGCCAUUACUCUUGCUGGAGGAAGCACAGUCAUUACAUCUAUUGUUGGAACAGCAGGCCUGGUGGCUCUUCCAACAAUGGCAGCAGGAACGCUGGCACCUGGUGUCAUGUCAACCAGUAUCGCAGCACAACCAAUCAUGACAUCUACUGCUUUGUUGGCAGGUAAAUGUUUGAGCGACUUUUUGUUGCCAGCAUGUGCAGUAGUUUAGACUGUUAACAGUGAUAAUCCCAGCCCUAACCAAUGUUGCCAUCCUGUUACAUACGACUGAAUUAUGUUAUUAGGGCUAAUAUACAUACAAUGUGGAUUGCUUAGUCUGAUUUUUUAGCCUGCAUAACAGGCGUUAUUUUUUGGCGUUUUUCAGGCAUGAGAAGGCAAAAAAAUAACGCCUGUUAUGCAGGCUAAAAUUGACAUGCAACAGUACCCCUACUUGGCAUUUUCUCCUUUGUCUGUCUUAUGUAGGGGCUUAAGUAGCCCUUGUCUCUCCCCAUUUUACGCUUAAAGGUUUUUUGUAUUUUCAUUAAGUGCUGCUAGUUUUGUUGGGGAUUCUAGUCCCUUUAGCGUUUACUCACUCAUUAUAAUUGAACAGGAACACCAACAGCAGUUGUAGCACCAAUUCCCGCCACACAUGUGAUGACCAAUACAGCUGUACCCGUACAACCUGCAGCAGUUCAACAGUUACAGCUUCAACAGCAACAACUUCAACAGCAGCAGCUUCAGCAACAGCAAUUAACACAGCAGUUACAACAACAGCAGCUACAGCAGCAGCAACAGUCUGCGCAGGUCAUUGCAGCACAGCAGGCUGAAGUGCGCGCCAAGAUUGAGGAAGAAACACAGAAGAAAAUCGCUGAGAGUAGCAUCAGUCACGAAGAAAACAUGUCAAUAUCAGGCAGCAAUGCAAGAUACAUGGUUAUGCAGAAACUAUCGCGCAAAACUGAGGUGAGAAGAGGGCGCUUAGACCUUUCACUCUCCUAUCCAUACAGCUCUACAGACGUUCGACUUGACCAAACCCGGUUUAAACUCUCUGUACACACACAAACCAUUUCCAAACCCGAACAGCUCCAUUUGCGGCGGACACUUUCCGUUUCCCGAGGGUGUCUGCUUGAGAGCGGCCCCUUAACUGUACUCAUACGGUAAUAAAGAACUUAGAAGCGAAGUCCAACUUUAAUUUAGGUCAAAUAGGAUCUGCAGAUAAAUAAGAGAUCGUAGGAUGUAAAAGCAGUUUUAAAUCGGCCAUUUGCACGAUGUCGUCAUUUCGUAUUUCCUUUGAAAAGUGAAAUUUGGUAAUCCCAUAAUAACAAAAGCCCUAAUUUGCACAAGAAAGCACAACUCUAAAGGAUUCUGGUCAUGCUGUAGUAGUAGAGUGACGUCUUCUCGCUGCAUAGUCCCUAGGUCUCUUUUAUUCCGCGCGGCCAAUUCGUUUGGGGGCACGUGGUCCAAGAAAAGAAGUGACCCGUUCUCCUGCGAUACGUCACUGAAGUGAAUUGACCGAGAAGGCCUGGGAAAACGCUGUGCAGGGACUAGGCAAGUCAUCUCUCAAAUGGCCUAUUGUCUUGGUCUUUCAAGCCCGAUUACUACCUACCUUAAUAGUUAUACAUUUGUGACUGUAAAUGAUAUUGUUGGCUUUGGUUUUCAGUCCAAAGUGCUUGUUCUACGUAACAUGGUCGGAGUUGAAGAUUUAGAUGAGGACCUUGAGCAUGAAGUUACAGAUGAGUGCAGCAAGUUUGGCAUGGUGAACAGAGUUGUUAUUUAUAACGAAAAACAAGGCGAAGAAGACGACGCUGAGGUCAUUGUCAAAAUCUUUGUGGAAUUUACUCAACCCGCAGGUAAGACUCGAAACUGUGCCAUUUGUAUGAUGAGCAUAGUACGUGAAAUGAGCCAAUUAAUCCUUUCCCAGGAUGGAUUCGUUGGCUCGUUUGAUAUGCUCUGAACUGAGUGAUCUGGUAUCACUGAUCCUAAUGUAUUAGUAUUCAGUGAAGUCUCCUUUUAUCCAACUGACCCCUUAAUAGAGGUAAAUCAAGAUAAAAAUAUUGUGACAAAGAGAAGGACCCCGCCCCAAAAAGACUAACUAACAAGGGUUUUCUAAUACUUGCGCCAAACUAAAAGAAAUUUCAAACAAUUUCCAAAAUUUCAGGCCAAACCCAGAUUUAAUGCUCUUGUACCAAUUAACUGUCAUCGCGAAACGGCAAACGCUCAGUACGUGGACUUUGAGGUUUAAUUUCCGUGUCUUUAGUAAGUGACCACUGGUGAUGGUGGUGGUGGUGCUGCUGCUGCCUUCUAUCCUUGCUUGCCUACUUACUGUAUGAUCGGUGGGUACUGUGGUAUUGAUUGCCUAUUUUCUUUGUUUACAGAAACGGAAAAGGCAGCAAGUGCCCUCAAUGGAAGAUGGUUUGGAGGACGAGUUAUCAAGGCUGAGGCUUAUGACGAACUCAAGUUUGGUGCUGGAGAUUUAUCUGCGUAAAAAAGGCUUGGUGUUGUCUUAUAAAGCGAAGACAUCGUCAUUCGUGCUUAGCUAGUUCUGGUGUCACCUUUUCAGUAAUACUACUGUAUUUGACGAAACUUUGACCUCCGUCGUAAAAACACUUUGCUUUCGAAAUUAUUGGCGUCUUGUAAACUACCUGUCGCACAUUACUGAUUUGUAAAGUGUGUAGAAGAUCUGAUUUCUCCCCCCCUCCUCCCACCCCCACCCCGCUAUUUCUUUCAAUUUAUAGCAGUAAAUAAGGCUAAAGUGAAACGUUAGAAAGUAAAAGCCAGAGAUGUCUAGGAAAAUUCGAUGUAUAUAACUCAAUACUAGACAAUUGUUAUCUCGGAAUGUGAAAUCUGGAAGUAUCAUCAAAAGAGGAAUUUGCUACCACUAGUUAAGCAGCAGUUAGGCUGUAUGUUCAUUUCACUUUUGCGGAAACGGCGAAAUGAACAGUAUAGUGCAAAUCAUGUAAAACAAAACCGUUUUCCUUGUGAACUGUAAAUUUCUGUUGAUUAGCUACAGAAUUGUCUUCUUCGGAAAUAAAGAAACAAAACUGAAC